AUGGGCAGCUGCAGGAGACGCUGUAAGAGAGAGCUGCUGAGGCUGCUUCAAUACGCCUUCAGAGCCGUCACCGGGCAGCUACACACAGACAGCGUUGAGGACGAGUUGGAGCUGUCGUGUGUUCGUCACCGUCCAGAAGGACUUCAGCAGCUGGAGGACCAGACGCGCUUCUCAAAACAAGAACUACAGAUAUUAUACAGGGGCUUCAAGAACGAGUGCCCCAGUGGUGUGGUGAAUGAAGACACAUUUAAGGAGAUCUACGCUCAGUUCUUUCCCCAAGGAGAUGCCUCCAUGUAUGCUCAUUUCCUCUUCAACGCUUUUGACUCGGAUCAUAACGGCUGCGUCAGCUUUGAGGAUUUUGUGAUGGGCAUGUCUGUUCUGCUUCGUGGUUCGGUCCAAGAGAAACUAAAUUGGGCUUUUAAUCUUUACGACAUCAACAAGGACGGAUACAUUACUAAAGAGGAGAUGUUGGAUAUUAUGAAGGCUAUAUAUGACAUGAUGGGCAAGUGGACCUAUCCCAUGCUGAAGGAUGACACACCCAGACAACACGUGGACAACUUCUUUCAGAAGAUGGAUAAGAACAGAGAUGGAGUUGUCACCAUGGACGAGUUUAUUGACUGCUGCCAAAACGAUGAGAAUAUCAUGAGGUCAAUGCAGCUCUUUGAAAACGUCAUUUAGUUCACA